AUGGCGCCGCGACUAUUCGUAGGCGACGAGGAGCUUGGGAAACGCGACGAUGAAUACAAACCCGGGAAGAAGACAUCAAUAGGGCUGGGAGGGUUAUGGCAGCAGAAGCGCGUCCAACAUGGACCGCCGCGGAGGAGUAUCAAAAGAUUGGGGAUGUUAUUGCUGGGAAUAUUCGCGAUAUAUUUAUUUAUUCACAACAUACCUACGGAUCUCAAACCACCACGAUCCAGACCAAGCUAUACGCAGAAUGAUCCUAAGAAAAAGGGUCCCUCUCCGCCAUCUGCGAAAUCAGAUGCGCACAAGAAACCUUCAGUCGCAGGAUAUUCGGGGACGUCGAAGCCGACCAAGCAACAAGAGGAAGUGGCACACGACUUUAACGGACCCAUCAAGUUUUAUGAUUUGGCAGUUUCUCUUCAUGCUGUCGCUGGUACACGAGGGGGCGACUUGAUCAAUCGGAAUGUGCUCUUUGCAGCAGCAAGUCUGAAAUCUGCAGCCACUCUCCUUCCGAUUGCAUGCGAGAUGGCUAUGCAAGAUCGAAACUAUGUUCAUUUUGCACUCAUCGGUCGAGACAUUAUUGAUAUGGAAGUAUUGAAAUCUGUAAAUUCGAUUGGAAAGGAGUGCAAAAUUAUGUACCAUGAUGCUCGAGCAGACUUCUCACAACAAAGCUCAGACUACCGCAUGGAAGUAGUUACUUCGGCUGGUUAUAACCAUAUUAACAAUUUUGUACAUCCGCAAGCAACCAUAAUCGAUGGUUCAGGGGAUGAAGAGCCGUUCAUGUUCAAGGGUCUGAAACUAAGGGCUCUUGCGUUAGGGAAGACUUUAAUAGAAUUGCCCAAAGAUUCAGAGCAGAAUCUGAUGUGGUUGACACGACUUGAUAGCACGUCGUUGAGUGCAUGGAAUAAGGCCUCAAUGGACAUUGUUAUUCACGCACAGCCAGCAGCAUCUGGCUCUCUCAUGAGACUGUUGGAAUCAUUGACCAAGGCAGACUACUUCAGCUCACCUCAUCCUCGGUUAACGAUUGAGCUUCCUCACAACAUUGAUCUCCCGACAAAACGAUAUCUAGAAUCAUUUCGAUGGCCGCCGGGUGUGAAAGAUGGAUCACCAAGUCUACUUACUCUGCACCAUAGGAUACCUCAAUACGGGCUUACUGCUGAGGAGAAUUCUAUCCGAUUUCUGGAAUCUUUCUGGCCAGCAGAAUCUGCCUGGAAUCAUGUAGUUGUGCUGGCGCCCCAUGUAGAACUCUCUCCUCUUUUCUUCCAUUACCUGAAGUACGCGAUGCUGGAGUAUAAGUACUCCUCGACGAAAUCAGGACUCAUUCUAAGCGAUAAUCUGCUGGGAAUAAGCUUAGAUCUUCCAUCAACCUACCUCAACGAUUCUACAUCAUUCUCACCUCCGACGUCCAAUACCUCAGACCCCACGCCAUUCUUAUGGCAAGCACCAAACAGCAACGCCGCCCUCUAUUUCGGCGACAAGUGGGCAGAGCUCCAUGCUUUCGUAGCCCAGUCAAUCGCCGCGUCCCACAAAUCACCAAUCCCACCGACAUUGAACGAAAAACUCAUCAGCAAAACAUAUCCCUCCUGGCUAGAACACGUCUUACGACUCUCCCGCGCACGAGGAUACCUGACUCUUUACCCAGGCGUCGGCAGCACAGAUUCCCUAGCAACCCUCCACAACGAACUCUACCACGCCCCCGAAGAAUACGCCACAGACAUCCUCACAGAUGAACAUUCGCCCAACGGCGAGCUCACAGCGGAUCCGGAACAGCAUAAAUCGCUUUUUCACAAGGAAGCACCAUUGAUCACGAAGCCACUUUGGACGAUCCUUCCAUUCCGCGGUGAUCUGCCGGCGUUUUCCAGUAUGCCCCUAAUUGCGUGGGAUGGAAAUGUUGUGGAUAUGGCUGGUAUGGAUGAGAGUGCUGGGCGGUAUAGGAGGGAGUUUAGGAGGGAGGUUGGGGGAUGUGACGGUAAUGCUGAGGAACCUUUGAAGGAUGGGGAGGGGGUGAGGGAUUUGUUUUGCGUCGGUGGUGAGGAGAAGAAGGGAAAGGUGAAGGAGGAGGGUAGUAAGGCGGAUGACACUAAGGUGGGGGCUAGUAAAGCCGUAAAGGAGAGUAAGGAGAGUAAGGAGAGUAAAGAUACCAAGACGACGGAAGAUACCACAAAUACCAAGGAGAAGAAAGAUACCACUAAUGCGCCUACCAGCGAGAAGAAGAAGCCGGGAAAGGGAAUAUAA